ACAUGCAUACACAGACAGGUCGAGGGAAGAUCGAUCACCAUUUCACGUGCCUUUGAUCCUCUCCUCCUUUAGUUUGCAAAAUCCACUUAAAAUGGCUGCAAUUCAUCACAUCAUCCUCGUGACACUUCUCGUCAUCUCCGUCGCCGCCGUCUCUCCGCCGUCGAAAUCGAAACCCACACGAACCCGUCCUGCUUCUCCUCCGACAAUCUCUGCGGCGGCUAAAGCUUUCACCGACGCGCACAACAAAGCCAGAGCCACAGUCGGUGUUUCGCCGCUAGUGUGGAGCCAGACGCUGGAAGCGGCCGCGAGUCGGCUGGCUCGUUACCAGAGGAACCAGAAGAAGUGCGAGUUCGCGAGUCCUAACCCUGGCAGAUACGGCGCAAACCAGCUUUGGGCUAAAGGUUUGGCCGUGACGCCGUCUCUUGCGGUGGAGACUUGGGUGAAGGAGAAGCCUUUCUACGAUUACAAGUCCAACACGUGUGACGGGAACCACACGUGCGGGGUCUAUAAACAAGUCGUGUGGAGAGACUCUAAGGAGCUCGGCUGUGCUCAAGCCACGUGUACUAAAGAGUCAACGGUGUUGACCAUUUGUUUCUACAAUCCUCCGGGCAAUAUAGUUGGCCAAAAGCCAUACUAGAUGAGGAAGAAAAUGUAUUACUACUAGAUGAAUUAAUGGGCCAAACAAAAUAAGAAGCACUGACUGACGGCCAAGUUUUUUUUGCUAAUCGUUAAGUGA